AAUUUGUUCAGUUUUAUAGAGAUCUGUCAAUCCCCAACAGUCCCCGAACGAGCCCAAAAUUUAAAAUUCCAAGCUUUUGCUCCUGAAUCAGUUUUUGCAACCAUUCUUCCCAAAAUGCUGAAGAACUCCCGAUUCCCAGGGUCAACUUCGAGUGGCGAUACGCAGCUGGACUGGAAUAGGGCGCCCUUUGAAUUGUGUGACGAGGAAUGCAUGCUGAUGGCGCUCAGCAUCUCUAUUUGCGUGCAGAUCCUGCUCAUGGCAUAUAUCGCACUCACCCUGUUUAACCCAUUUGCAUGGCGAAUCUCCAUGUACAACGCGUGGCAGCGCCAGCGUUUCAGCAACUUCAUCUUUGGCCGUCUAUUGCUACACUUGGACACAGCACAGGCCGUACAUCUUGUUGGUCAGCAGGCGCAUGGCUGCCAGCGGGCACGCAGAAUGGCUAUGGAUGCAGUUCAACUAUUUCGCCGGGAUGCCAUGAAGAUUCUUUAUCCCGCCCACGAUAUACGAUCGGUUCAUGCCGCCGAUUUGUACUUUGUGCUGGACGAGGAGGAGAGACUGAUUGCUGACGCCGGCUACGACCUAGUCAACAUUGAGGUCACUCCAGACUUCCUAAUCCAUUUACUAUAUCCAGAACGGGCUAGGCAUUUCUGUUUAUCGGAGACGUCAUGAGAGGCGCUGAGGCUGGGGCUAUACUUAUAAAACCGAAACGUCUACGAACAAAUUUU